CUCUCAGAAAGACAAACAAGUCCAGGGAUCGAAGGCCUAAACCUUUCUGCCUUUGAAGAGCCGAUGGCGCCGGCAACCGAACUUCAAGAUUUUCGGAUAUUCGUGGCGACAUGGAAUGUGGGAGGAAAGACUCCCAACAAUUGCCUCAACCUCGAAGAUUUUUUGCAGGUGGAGGACUCUCCAGACGUAUAUGUCUUAGGGUUUCAGGAAAUUGUUCCUCUAAGCGCUGGAAAUGUUCUAGUGAUUGAAGACAAUGAGCCUGCAGCAAAAUGGCUGGGGCUUAUAAGCCAAGCACUUAAUAAACCACAGCAUGACUCCAUCUUCUCUUCUGAUUUAGGGCCAGUUUCCAAAAUCUCAAACAACAACAUCUUGAAGGAAUCCAAGUCCCCAAGCAGCACUCUUCACUUCUUCCACAAGCCUUCUCUCAAAGCACUUAGCAGGAAUUUGAGGGCAGAUAGUAGCCUGCUUAAGAGCUGCAACUGCCCUGUGGACUUGCACUCUCGAGAGAGCCGGAGGAGGCAACGAAAGCUUAGUGAUCUCCAUAGUAAUUUAUACUCAGGAUCUUCUCACAUCGGUCGGUAUAGUUGUGUGGAUGAAUUGCUUUCAACUGCAGAAAUACCUUCCUCACCUCCCUCCCCCCGCCAGAUGAGUUACUGUCUUAUAUCAAGCAAGCAAAUGGUGGGGAUUUUCCUGUCUGUUUGGGCUAGGAAGGAGUUAGUGCCACAUAUUGGCCAUCUAAGGGUCUCCACUGUGGGAAGAGGAAUAAUGGGUUGCCUUAGAAACAAGGGAUGCAUAUCAAUAAGCAUGUCAUUGCACCAAACAAGCUUUUGUUUUGUGUGCAGUCACUUGGCUUCUGGGGAGAAAGAGGGUGAUGAGCUGAAGAGGAAUGCUGAUGUGGCUGAGAUCCUGAAGAGCACACAAUUCCAUAAGAUUUGCAAGAAUCCUGCUGCUAACCUAGCCCCAGAAAGAAUAGUUGAUCACGAUCGAAUAAUUUGGCUUGGAGAUUUGAAUUAUCGGGUGGCUUUGAGUUAUGAGGAAACGAGGGUUUUCUUGGAGGACAAUGAUUGGGACACCCUCCUGGAGAAAGAUCAGUUGAAUAUGGAGAGGGAAGCUGGGAGAGUAUUUAGUGGAUUUAAUGAGGGUCAGAUAUUAUUUGCCCCCACUUAUAAGUACUCUCAUAAUUCAGACUCUUACGCCGGGGAAACAAACAAAUCCAAGAAGAAACGCCGCACCCCUGCAUGGUGCGACAGGAUACUAUGGCGUGGAGAUGGCAUUGAGCAGUUAUUGUAUAUACGUGGGGAAUCAAGAUUCUCGGAUCACAGGCCUGUGUGUGCUGUGUUUUCAGUGGAGGUAGAAGAAAGGAACAAAAACAAUAGGUUGAGAAAGGGUUAUUCCUGCGCUGGUCGAAGACUUGAGUUUGAAGACUGCAUACCUAAAAGGCACAGCUUAUAUGAGUUCUAA